GGACGAUGCUCGGAGGAAGCAGCUGCUGCUCCGGUGGUGCCAGGGAGYGGAUUUGGCGGAGCUGCUGCCCUUCCACGGCUGUGACUCURCUCCGGAGCUCCAGCGCGCRGAUUUGGCGGAGCUGCUGCCCUUCCACGGCUGYGACUCUGCUCCGGAGCUCCAGCGCRUCCGCUGCCUGCUGGAGCUGCAGGCGCAGCGCGUGGGUGCCCGGUUCGCCGUGUAUCUCACAGAAAAUCCCAGCGGCAGCAGGGAGAUGCUGGAAAGCAAAGGAAUUCUUGUGGCUGACGUCAACACCUUCCUGGGSACGGUGCAGAAAGUGGCUGCUCCCUUCAAACGGAGCUACUGGUGAGGGGAAAGCUCGGGAUCCAUCCCAGAAAGCCGGGAGCAGCU